GAACCUCAAGAAUUGGUGUUAUCGCUGUCGCUCGCUGUCUCGCUGUGGCUACUGUACUUUGGAAUUGAAGAGUUAUCGACUUGUUCUAUUCCCAUUUCCGUCUUCUCCCUCCACUUUACCACAUUACAACGCUAAUAACUUGCAAUCAUGGGUAAACCCAAUGGUCUUCGAACCGGACGUAAGCUCCGCAAUCACCGCCGAAAUCAACGUUGGCGUGAUUUGAAAUACUGCAAAGCUAACUCCAUCACCGCCAUGAAGGCCAAUCCCAUGGGAGGAUCCACCAUGGCCAAGGGAAUUGUCUUGGAAAAAAUUGGUAUUGAAGCCAAACAACCCAACUCGGCCAUUCGUAAAUGCGUUCGUGUCCAACUCAUCAAGAAUGGAAAGAAAAUUGCCGCUUUCGUGCCAAGAGAUGGUUGCUUGAACUUUGUAGAUGAGAAUGACGAAGUACUGAUUGCUGGAUUCGGACGAUCCGGUCAUGCCGUGGGAGAUAUCCCAGGUGUGCGAUUCAAGGUCGUUAAGGUAGCUGGUGUUUCUCUCUGGGCUCUUUACAAGGAAAAGAAGGAAAAGCCUCGUUCGUAAACUACUAACUUACUUACUACUACUAGAAACAAACAAACAACAAAACUAACUAUAAUUACUAAUAAUACUAGCCAUCAGCACGAGCCGACUUCUCGAGACUUAGUUGUCAGCUAGACUUGCCUGUACUUUUCGUCUGGAAAUGCCGAAGUACAAUCGUGGGAUGCAG